CCGGGAAACGGGAGCAAAGCCCAGAGAGAAGUAGAGAUAGGAAAGGUGAUUGGGUGAGAUUAAAGAGUCAGGGAUAGUGGGAGCAAGAAUGCUCUCAGAUACAGCUAAGCUCAAUUCAACAAGAGAUAUUUGAUCAACUCUCAUUUCCCAUGUCAACAUUAUGCGAAUCCAAACUUAUAAACACUUUAACAGCUUUAUAUAGCUUUAAACAAUUUUAGCUUAUAAUAAUUUCAGUCUUUACUUUGGUUCUUUAUUUUCCCUUAUAUGGUCUAUUUGAAUAAAUAUGAAAAAAUUACCACGUUUUCACCGAAGUAUUCUGAACACUUUUUCACGUUUUCAUUUCAAGAUUAAUUUAAUAUUCAGAAUCUUUUAAUUACAAAUUGUUCCUAAUCUUUCAAAUAGAACUUUAUUUUUAAAUAACAGGUGGCGCUGCCUGCAAACAUGUGAUUUUUGUAAACAAUAUUUUGGAUCAAAAAGUAAUAAUAAUUUGAGUAAAAUUUGUAUCAACUGUUCUCUAUUGUUUUGAGUAGUAAUGAAUUUCAAAAGGAAAAAAUUUCAUGGACGAAAAAAACAUGAUGAUGAUAGUGAUAAACCACUGGAAUUUUCGUCCAAAAAGAGACCUCCGAUUCUCAAGAUUUUUACUGACAAGAGAAAAGUUGUGAGAGAUCCUAGGUUUGAAGAAACUAGUGGAACGUUCAAUCCAACUAUUUUUGAACAGAAAUACGGCAAUAUCAUCAAGGAAGCAAAAGACAAGGAUAAAAAUGAACUAUUGAGCGAACUCAAACGUGAAAAAGAUCCUGAAAGAAUCACUCAAAUAAAGUAUUUGUUGAAAAGAAUCAGUGAAAAAGAACACGCCGAAGAACACAGUAAAAAUAAACUUCAGUUAGUGAAAAAAUUAAAGGAAGAGAAGCGAAAGCAGUUGAAACUGGCAUCUAAAGGACCUGUAUUUUUGAAAAAAUCGGAAAUCAAACAAGCACAAUUAGUGGAGAAAUUCAAAGAGUUAAAACAAUCACAGAAAUUAUCCAAAUAUAUUGAAAAGAAAAGAAAACGGAAUGUUGCUCGUGAAAGAAAUAAGAUGUUCUCUGAUAACUAUGAUGAUGAUGAUUAGUUUUUGUUGAUUGCCUCUUUCCAACUGACUUUGAGCCGUUAUUUUUUGUCCAUCGUAACUUAUUUAAUCCAUCAAUAAAACGUUAAUUUUUAACCGUUU